AUGGUGGAGAUGUGGCGAUUUGGAAUAUGGGCGGCUGCAGUUCUAGCCGCCAGCCUGGAUGAUACUGAGGUGACGACGUGCGUGCUAAACCUGCCACAGUGCAUUCAGCUUUUGUCCGAGGACGAGGCAAGCCAGGAACAACUUGCGGGACAUCUGUUGCAGAACUGGCUGCAGCGGGUCUCCGCUGAUGAUGCGGACACAGAGCAGCCCAAUUCGCUUCGCUCUGAGGCGCUGCGGACACUCCUGGACCUAGCCACCGCGACGGACCAGCACCCACGGAUGGCUCUUGGCUUGGGUCAGGUGUUGCAUUCCUUCUUCUGGUGGGGCGACCAGCCACGUGAAUCUGCGGGGCUUGCGAGCCCCAGCCUUCAGGUCAUGCAAGAGUCCUUCCUUCUUCACGAGAGGGCACUGGCCGUUGCAGGCUGCGACCUAUCCGAUCUGGAGACUGAAGAGUUUCUCUUGAGGAAAUGUCCCUGGAGAUGGCGUUUCGUGCUGCUCAUCGGAGUGGAGCUGGGGCUGGAACUUGCGCGUGGCGGCCAGGAUUCCUCGGACGUUUUCACUACAGCUGCCGAUUUCUUCGCCCGCCUGGCACAGCUCUGGCUGCUGCUGAAGCGCCUUCCCUUUUUCGCUGAGAUGACAACAAAUGGCCCCAUGCAGUUGAAUCAGAAUGCAGACUUCUUCCCAACGGCUCGGCACUGGCCGAUCUGGCCACGCGAACAUUGGCCAGAUCUGGGCACCUUCGUCGAGAGGCACUCCGCGACCUUCCGGGCGGGUCUCGAGGCCCUCUUACAAGAAGAUCCCGAGGGCCAUCAUUUCGGUGCUACAGCGCGCUUUCAGAGCGGUUUGACGCCCAGGAAGGAGGACUGGACCCGGAUCAAACUCAUCCACAGCGGAGGACAGUCCGAGCUCUGCAGUCUCCCGUUCUUGCAGCCCAGCUGCGCCUUGCUGGCGCAGAGGUCAGAGUUUGGGCCAGCUUGCGGAACCUAUUUGUCGGGUGCCUCGUUUGCGCGCCUGAUGCCCGGAGCUCAACUCAAGCCACACUUCGGCACGCAUCCGCGACUCACGUUACAUCUUGGACUUCGCGCACCGAGCGGCGCCACCUUGACUGUUGCUGGGCAGGAGGUCCCAUGGAGCAACGGCAAGGUCAUCAUAUUUGAUGAUACCUACAUGCACAAGGUCCAGCACCGAGGUGAUGAAGCGCGCUACAUUCUUGUGGCGUGGUUUUGCCAUCCUUGUGAUCGUGGAUGGCGCGAGGAUCGAGGUGGAGCUUGGCUGCAAGCCAACCCAUUGCCCGAAUGGUGUGGUGCCGGUGGUCCAGGCUACAAAAGCCCCCCGGUGCCGGGUUAUUCUGAGCAGUUCUGA